AUGACUGCGAGGGGCAACGACCCCAUAAGGGGUCGUCUCUGGCCGCAAAUGGCCCUGGCAUUUGCCAUUGCUUUGCUUUCUACCACUGUGGUUUCCGUUAAUGCUGAUGGUUACCCUUACUACUCUCCCCCACCACCCUACGAAUACAAAUCACCUCCACCACCAUCUCCUUCACCACCACCUCCUUACGAGUACAAGUCACCGCCUCCACCAUCUCCAUCGCCUCCUUACGUCUACAAGUCUCCUCCUCCACCACCAUAUGAGCACGAGGCUCCACCAUACUAUUACAAGUCACCACCACCUCCUUCCCCUUCCCCUCCACCUCCCUACUACUACAAGUCACCUCCACCACCCUCCCCCUCACCUCCUCCUCCAUACUACUACAAAUCUCCCCCACCCCCAUCACCCUCACCUCCUCCCCCUUACUACUACAAGUCCCCACCACCUCCUUCACCAUCUCCUCCACCACCCUACUAUUACAAGUCUCCACCUCCACCUGAAAAAUCUCCAGCUCCAACUCCUUACUACUACAAGUCUCCUCCUCCUCCUCCAUCCCCAACUCCUUACUACUACAAGUCUCCACCACCACCAUCUCCAACUCCUUACUACUACAAGUCUCCUCCACCACCACCACCCUACUACUACAAGUCUCCUCCUCCUCCAUCUCCAACUCCUUACUAUUACAAGUCUCCACCACCACCAUCCCCAACUCCUUACUACUACAAGUCUCCUCCUCCUCCAUCUCCAACUCCUUACUAUUACAAGUCUCCACCACCACCAUCCCCAACUCCUUACUACUACAAGUCUCCACCCCCUCCACCUUACUACUACAAGUCUCCUCCUCCUCCAUCUCCAGCUCCUUACUACUACAAGUCUCCACCACCACCAUCCCCAACUCCUUACUACUAUAAGUCUCCACCCCCUCCACCUUACUACUACAAGUCUCCUCCUCCUCCAUCGCCUGCUCCUUACUACUACAAGUCUCCACCACCUCCAUCCCCAACUCCCUACUACUACAAGUCUCCCCCUCCUCCACCACCCUACUAUUACAAAUCUCCUCCUCCUCCAUCUCCAACCCCUUACUACUACAAGUCUCCACCCCCUCCACCUUACUACUACAAAUCUCCUCCUCCCCCAUCCCCAGCACCUUACUACUACAAGUCUCCACCACCACCAUCUCCAACUCCUUACUACUAUAAGUCUCCACCCCCUCCACCUUACUACUACAAAUCUCCUCCUCCUCCAUCCCCAGCUCCUUAUUACUACAAGUCUCCACCACCACCAUCCCCAACUCCCUACUAUUACAAGUCUCCUCCUCCUCCUUCACCCACUCCUUACUACUACAGUUCUCCACCACCACCCAAAUAUCCACCUCCCUACUAUUAUAACUCUCCUCCUCCACCAGUUGUGUAUCCCCCACACCCCUACCAUCCCCACCACCACCCGUUGAUUGUCAAGGUAGUGGGUAAAGUCUACAGCUACAAGUGCUAUGAUUGGGAGUAUCCCGAAAAGUCUCAUAACAGGAAACACCUCAAAGGUGCUGUUGUGGAGGUUAAAUGCAAAGCAGGAAGAAACAUCAUUAAGGCGUAUGGUGAAACCAAGAGCAAUGGAAAAUACAGCAUCACAGUUAAGGACUUCAACUAUGCAAAAUACGGGUCCACAGUGUGCAAGGCGAAGCUUCAUGCUCCACCCAAGGACUCUCCAUUCAACAUACCCACCAAGUUGAAUGAGGGAACAGACUUGAAGGUUAAAUCCAAAGAUAAAUAUGAAGUUGUACUCAAGGCUAAGCCAUUCGCUUAUGCUUCAAAGAAGCACUUUGAAGACUGUGAAAAGCCCAAGCCUUCACCAACUCCUUACUACUACAAGUCGCCUCCUCCACCAUCUCCUGUUUACUUGUACAAGUCACCACCUCCACCAUCACCCACUUAUGUUUACAAGUCACCGCCUCCACCAUCACCUACUUAUGUUUACAAGUCACCACCUCCACCAGUGAAGUCACCUCCUUAUUAUUACCAAUCUCCACCUCCACCAUCAUCAAAACCAAACCCUCCAUAUUACUAUCACUCUCCACCUCCACCAUCACCUAAACCUUAUUAUUAUCAAUCUCCACCUCCACCCUCACCAAAGCCUUAUUACUAUCAAUCUCCACCUCCACCAUCACCUAAACCUCAACCUCCAUAUUACUAUCAAUCUCCACCUCCACCAUCACCAAAGCCUUAUUACUAUCAGUCUCCACCUCCACCAUCACCCAAACCUCAACCUCCAUACUACUACCAAUCUCCACCUCCUCCAUCACCAAAACCUCAGCCUCCAUACUACUACCAUUCUCCACCUCCUCCAUCACCUAAACCUCAGCCUCCAUACUACUACCAAUCACCACCUCCUCCAUCACCUAAACCUCAGCCUCCUUACUACUACCAAUCACCACCUCCUCCAUCACCUAAACCUCAGCCUCCUUACUACUACCAAUCACCACCUCCUCCAUCACCUAAACCUCAACCUCCAUACUACUACCAUUCUCCACCUCCUCCAUCACCAAAACCUCAGCCUCCAUACUACUACCAAUCACCACCUCCUCCAUCACCUAAACCUCAGCCUCCUUACUACUACCAAUCACCACCUCCUCCAUCACCUAAACCUCAGCCUCCUUACUACUACCAAUCACCACCUCCACCAUCACCUAAACCUCAACCUCCAUACUACUACCAUUCUCCACCUCCACCAUCACCUAAACCUCAACCUCCUUACUAUUAUCAAUCACCACCUCCACCUCCACCGUCACCAAAACCUCAACCUCCUUACUACUACCAAUCUCCACCUCCUCCAUCACCUAAACCUCAACCUCCUUACUACUACCAAUCACCACCUCCACCAUCACCAAAACCUCAACCUCCUUACUACUACCAAUCUCCACCUCCACCAUCACCAAAACCUCAACCUCCAUACUACUACCAUUCUCCACCUCCACCUCCACCAUCACCUAAACCUCAACCUCCUUACUACUAUCAAUCACCACCUCCACCAUCACCAAAACCUCAACCUCCUUACUACUACCAAUCUCCACCUCCACCAUCACCAAAACCUAGUCCCCCAUACUACUACCACUCUCCACCUCCACCAUCACCCUCUCCUCCCCCUCCAUACUACUACCAAUCCCCACCUCCACCAUCACCAAAACCUAAUCCCCCAUACUACUAUCAGUCUCCACCGCCUCCAUCACCAAAACCUAGUCCCCCAUACUACUACCACUCUCCACCUCCACCAUCACCUUCUCCUCCCCCUCCAUACUACUACCAAUCUCCACCUCCACCAUCACCAAAACCUAAUCCCCCAUACUACUACCAUUCUCCACCUCCACCAUCACCCUCUCCUCCCCCUCCAUACUACUAUAAAUCUCCACCCCCACCUUCACCAUCCCCUCCUCCUCCAUACUAUUAUAAAUCUCCACCACCACCUUCACCAUCCCCUCCACCACCUUACUAUUAUCAAUCCCCACCUCCACCUAAAGAGAACACACACCCUCCCUACUACUACCACUCUCCCCCACCACCAUCCCCAUCACCGCCACCUCCAUACUAUUACAAAUCCCCUCCACCCCCAUCCCCAUCUCCACCACCUCCUUACUACUAUCAAAGUCCUCCUCCACCAUCUCCCACUCCUCAUCCUCCCUACUACUACAAAUCCCCUCCACCACCAACGUCGUAUCCUCCACCUCCUUACCACUAUGUGAGCCCUCCACCGCCUUCUCCAUCUCCACCCCCACCAUACCAUUACACAUCACCACCUCCUCCCUCCCCAGCUCCCGCUCCGAAGUACAUUUACAAAUCACCUCCUCCACCAGUAAAAUCACCUCCCCCUCCAGCUUACAUCUAUGCUUCCCCACCUCCACCUAUCUACAAGUAA